GCUCUCUGACUUCGCUGGGACAGAGGCUGAGCGAGCCGGUUAAGGGACACGCGAAGAAAGCCCGGUGUGAGCGACGGGCCAGCAGAGCCCGAAGGAGACCCCAGGCCACAGCGACAUCCUGAGCCCGAGGCUGUGGUCCGAGCGGAGGCAGAGGCGCCCUGCGUGCCCCCGAGGAUGCCGGCGCCCCGAUGCCCUCUGCGGACGGAGGAGCCCGUUUCCAGCACCCUGCUGGAGUCUGGCCUGCGCAUUCCUGGAACCCGAGCCACAGCUGCGGUCGCAGUCCCGCUCGGGCCUUGAAAUGAACGUUCCUUGGGCGCCCUCUGGUGGAUUGUGGAGUUAACUGUCGGCGUCGAUGGCAGCCACGAUCCCGCCGAUUUCGCCCACCCGGCUUGCCUCGGCCAACGAGACUCUGCAGAAACAUUACAGCUACGUGGGGAAGCUGGAGGGCAGGCUGAAGAACUCUUCGGAGGGCAGCACGCUCACCACCGCCCUCUUCUUGGUAUUAUGCAGCUUCAUCGUCUUGGAGAACCUGAUGGUUUUGAUCGCUAUCUGGAAAAACAACAAGUUUCACAACCGCAUGUACUUUUUCAUUGGCAACCUGGCUCUGUGCGACCUGCUAGCGGGGGUGCUGUACAAGGUCAACAUUCUGAUGUCGGGUGAGAAGACGUUCAGCCUGUCCCUGACCGUCUGGUUCGUCAGGGAGGGCAGUAUGUUUGUGGCCCUGGGGGCGUCCACCUGCAGUUUGCUGGCCAUUGCCAUCGAGCGCCACCUGACCAUGAUCAAGAUGCGGCCCUACGAUGCCAACAAGAAGCACCGGGUCUUCCUCCUGAUCGGCAUGUGCUGGCUCAUCGCCUUCUCGCUGGGCGCCUUGCCCAUUUUGGGCUGGAACUGCCUGCAGAACCUGCCCGACUGCUCCACCAUCUUGCCCCUGUACUCCAAGAAGUACAUCGCCUUCUGCAUCAGCGUCUUCAUAGCCAUCCUGGUGACCAUCGUGAUCCUGUAUGCCCGCAUCUACUUCCUGGUGAAGUCGAGCAGCCGCAAGGUGGCCAGCCACAACUCAGAGCGGUCCAUGGCCCUGCUGCGGACCGUGGUGAUCGUGGUGAGUGUGUUCAUUGCCUGCUGGUCCCCCCUCUUCAUCCUCUUCCUCAUCGACGUGGCCUGCAGGGUGAAGCAGUGUCCUGUCCUCUUCCAGGACCGGUGGUUCAUCAUGCUGGCUGUUCUCAACUCUGCCAUGAACCCUGUCAUCUACACGCUGGCCAGCAAGGAGAUGCGGCGUGCCUUCUUCAGACUGGUCUGCAACUGCCUGGUCAGGGGCAAGGGGGCCCAUGCCUCACCCAUGCAACCCGCUCUAGACCCAAGCAGGAGCAAAUCUAGCAGCAGCAGCAGCAGCCACUCCCCGAAGAUCAAGCAAGACCAAUCCCCCAUGGCCACUUCAUCUUGCAUCAUUGACAGAAACAGAGCCCUUCAGAAUGGGGUCCUCUGCAAGUGAGCCCCUCCAGGCGGCCAGCCCUGCAGCCACGCUCUUAUUUAUUGCAUGCAUGCCUCGCAUCCCUGUGGGCCUUUACAGAGCUGUGACUCGAGAUCUUCUUGGCAUUGCCUGACGGCCAGCCUGGUGUGAAUGUCUCCUGAGGAGAGGACCCAAGAAACUGUCAACCCAUUUCAAUGCAGACAAUGUGACUUGUCCUUUUCCAGAGUCCUCCAAAUGUACUAAGCUGCUCGUCAUCCGCCACCUUCUUUUGAAUCCUGGAUACCACUUUCUGUGAUUCCCGGAGGGGAGAGGUCACAGGCUGCAUGGUGCAGAGUGUGCCUCUCUGUAGGCCGUUGGGGGAUUUGAUAACUUCAUACUACACUGAUUGCACAUAGAAUUACAUAUUCAUCAGUUUCUGUGUCACACCGAAUCUGUGUUCCAUGGGUUUGCCAUGAGGUGCCUGCAGUCUCAGCACCCUGUGCGGUUAUGUAACUAUUCAGAGCACAGCACUGGGUGGGUCUGACGAACUGCUACUCCAGUCUACCCGGACUGAUAGGAUGGUAAGCACAUUUUUAAAGCCCAGAGGUGGGGGUUUGACCCAGCCAGCCCUGUGUGCCUUCUGUCAUGUGUCUCUGCAUAAUUUUAAGCAUAUCCAAAAGCCAGAUCAUGUGAUUAUGAGACCCACCUAAGAUCUCCCAGGGGCUCCUGUGAACCAAAGAAAGCCUGCAAGCAUGAGGCAAGAGUUCACCUUUCUAAGUCAUUGGGAGUCAUGAUCUGCUUAAGGUAGCCGUUUCCACUGAAACAAGAGGUUUACAAGACAGCACUUUUGGUUCUUUGUCAAGUUUCAUUCUUACCAGAAAAGCACAGCAUCAGAAACCACUGGCUCUAUCACCACCCAGUGUCUGGGACCAUCAAUAAAGUCUCAAGUGUCUUGAGUGGAAACACCGAUAGUGACCGUUAGUGGGAGUAGUUGGUUAGGUUAGGGAUUGUGGCCCGGCAUGGCGCUGUGACUUUACUUUCCAACAUAAGCUGUCUCACUCUGUUGGUCCUGUGAAGGAAUCGCUCCGAAGACGUCUCUGUCCAUAUUCCUCCCACGGGGGAUGGAAAGUGAACACGAAUGUGGAGUUCACGUGCGCACGCCACUGCUGUGCUGAGUUCUUUGUCACAACAGCAACAGAAACAACCUUCAAAAGGGUGGGUGAACCUCGCACCAGAACAUCCUAAAGCUUUUAGGUUCCAUGAGAAUUCUGCCUUACUAAUACCUAAAAGAGCAGUCUUAACACAUAAAUGACUUUUUAAAGAGAAAGUGAUUCCCCAUGUAUCUGAUGUGCGCUGCUGUCUGUUCCAUGAGUCCUGGUGACCUCCACAUACUGACCAAAGACCGCCUCAUUUCUGUUCCUGAUGAGACAGAACCUGUCGGUGAGGUUCCUCAGGGACAUGUGUUGUCUGUCAUCGAAAAGUUGUGUGUUCUCUCAGCUGGUAUCAUAAGAAAACCUAAAGUGUUUUUAGGGGGAAAAUGUAGGAGGGAGGCCACAUGCAUUUUCAUUUAGGAAAUGAAGUGAUUUUUAAAAGUUCACUGGUCAUAAUUUUGAGUUGCUUUGGAAGCCUUAGCUCCCUUUGUCACUAAUAUUAAUAAUACCUUGUUCCACUACCCUGACUUCUUCAGUGCCUUUGGGAGAUACCCACACUUGUGGCAUGUCAGCAGGGCUUGGGAGAUCGCACAAAGCUUCUAAGCAAUCCGAAUUUAAAAGACACGAAGAAAGUAAGUGUGACCGUUGACAUAUACAAAAACCAACCACUUCUGACACCUUUGCUCGUUCCCAGCUGGCUGGAGGUCACUGAGAAGUGGAGUUGGAAGAGUACUUACCAUGAAGGUCGGAGACAGGCGGUCUUCUAAGCCACAGAGAAUCUGUGUUUGAUCUCAUUGCAGGUGAUAGCCUUUACUCUUUCCAGUGUAUGUAAAAAUAAAAAAAAAGUCCAGUGUAUGUUUGUUUUAAAAAAUAAAAUCA